GGAGCGGGCGCGGAGCGGGGCCGGCGGGCGCGGAAGAUGGCGGCGGGCAGGCGCGCCCCGCGCAGCGGGCUGCUGGAGCUGCGCGGCCCCGGCGGGCACUGGCUCCGCGUCCUCCUCACCCUGGCCGAGGACUCGUUGGGGGUGAGCCCCGCCGACGGCCCCGGGCCCGGGGAGGCUCCGGCGGCGCAGCUGAACGGCGGCGAAGGGGGCUCCGGCGUGCCCGAGGCGCUCGCCAACAUCAGGCGCACGGUGCACGUCGUCAAGCAGGACGUGGGGGGGCUCGGCAUCAGUAUCAAAGGUGGCCGAGAGAAUAAAAUGCCCAUCUUGAUAUCCAAGAUAUUCAAGGGGCUGGCGGCGGAUCAGACCGAGGCGCUCUACGUGGGAGAUGCCAUCCUCUCCGUGAACGGCACCGACCUGUCCGAGGCGACGCACGAUGAGGCGGUGCAGGCGUUGAAGAAGACGGGCAAGGAGGUCGUCUUGGAAGUGAAGUAUAUGAAGGAGAUCUCACCCUACUUCAAGAACUCGGCAGCGGGGGCGACGGUCAGCUGGGACCCCUCUCCCUCUGGCCAGCAGAAGCGGUCGUCCCCCGUCCUGCCACCCCGCGAGAGCCGGACCGUCCCGCUGAAGAUGUGCUACGUGUCCCGCAAGUGCCUCCCCGCUGACCCGGAGCACAGGUACCUCGAGGUGUGCUCGGCGGAUGGGCGCGUGGCUCUCUUCCUGCGGGCAAAGGACGAGGCCACGGCGCAGUCGUGGCUCGGGGCCAUCCAGGGCGCAGCGAGUGCGCUGCUGCCGCGGGUGAAGGAGGAGUUGCGGGCACAGCUGGUGGGUGCUGGCACGGCGGGCGGCAGGGACGUCAGGCACGUGGGCUGGCUGACCGAGCAGCUCCCCGGUGCCGGCACCAGGAACCUGCUGGCCAUCCUCACCGAGAAGGAGCUGCUCCUGUACGGCAGCCUGCCGCAGAGCCGCGAUGCCCUGGGCAAGCCUGUGCACAGCUACCCACUCAUUGCCACCAGGCUGGUGCACUCGGGCCCGGCCAAGGGCUCGGCGCUGUACGAGGCCGAGCUGGCGUUCGCCCUGCGUGCCGGCACCCGGCUGGGAGUGCAGAGCCACCUCUUCAGCCUGGAGAGCCCCCGCGACCUGGCGCUCUGGACCCGCUUGCUGGUGGACGGCACCCACGGAGCCGCCGAGCUCGCCCAGGAGGUGUCCGCAGCCUGCACCUGGAAGGGGCAGGACUGCACCCUCUCCAUCCACAUCGACAAGGGCUUCACCAUCUCCACCAUGGAGCCGGGGCUCAGCAAGACCAUCCUGCUCCAGCAGCCCUUCGAGAAGCUGCAGAUGUCCUCCGACGACGGCACCAAGAUGCUCUACUUGGACUUUGGCGGCCCAGAGGGCGAGAUUCAAUUGGACCUCCACUCCUGCCCCAAAACCAUCGUCUUCAUCAUCCACUCCUUCCUCUCGGCCAAGGUGACCCGUCUGGGGCUGCUGGCGUGAAGACGGAGCGGGGCCCCAGCCCCCGUCACAUCUAUGCACCUCCCUCCAGGCCAAGUCCAGCCCGAAGCCAUCCGGACAGGACACAAGUCCCCGAGGGGUCACGCUACCCUCCCCGGGGCGCUGGGGACAGCAGUGCGGUGAUGUCCCUCUUGGAUGGCAGCACCAGGACGUCUGCGGUGCCCCCUUCCCCUCCCUGCUCCCACCACGAUGCUCGGCUGGAGGAGCCCCCGUGGGAGCCGCACAGUCACUCGAGUGCCUUGUGAGAUGAUAUUUUCUGUACAAUGAACCCGUUUGUAUGGAUGUUUUAUAUUUAUAUCGCCCCCGUUACAAGUGCCGAUGGGGCAGCUCUCAUCCACCCGCUUUGAACCCCAGGAGAAACCCUCAGGUUCUCCAGCGCGAGGACGUGUGUCUGUCUGUCCCCCGGGCAUGCGUCUCGGAAAGAGGGCUGCAGACCGGGGUCAGCUCCGUGUUGCUGGAUAGAUGGGAACUGCAGAUCAGCUCUUAUUUGCCAAAUUUUUCGGUAUCGCAGCGUACUAUAGGAACCACUUCUCUUUGGGAUGGUCACACGGUUCGUGUUACUUUGCCAACUCCUGCAUCAUUUUAUUUCUUGGUUUGGGGGGGAGGGACAUCAGGUGGCCGGUGGGAAACAACUUGUUUUAUGAACCAAAAAAUUCUGCAUGAAAAUGCCUCUUUUUUUUUUUUUUUUUUUUUCUUUCUGUUUUCGGUCAAAUAAACAUUGCAGCUCACACCCA